AAGACUGUUAACUCUCUCCCUGUUGGUUUGCACUGCUCAUAAAGCUCAUCGCUCCCUCGCGAGAGGCCAGCCUGCCAGAGAACUGCAGGAAUCUGCAACAAAAGCGAUGACAGUCUGAAAUACACCCGGUGCCACCUCCUAACUGGUCCGUCACCUCAGACCCUGACUAGUUGACAGAGCGGCAGAAUUGCAACUCCAGUAGGCUCAAAUGUGUUUCUGUGCAAAGAAGCAAAGCUAAUGAGGGAAGAGAUUUAAAGAGUAUUGGGAAUUUGUCAAACUUUCAUUCACUGGCUGUGUGCAAAGAGGGGAUUCAACUUCCAUUUUCUGCUAAGGCUCUGGGUCCAGCCGCCUACCUGAAGAAAAGGCAGGUAAUGAGUAACAUUGCACCACUGGGGCACCCGAUUGCUUCUCCUCUGCAAUGUGUUGCCCCUCACCAAUGCAAAUGAGAAGUGCCCACCGCGUGCUGAAUCCUGGAGGGACUGCUGCCUGGACUGAGUGCGUUCAUUAGUGGUUCACACAAGAACUACUCAUCAAAGCCCACCAUUGUUCCCCAUGGGUCCCAACACCAUGAGAAUGAGGCUACUUGGAACUGUUUUUAGGAGGCCUGGGCAGCUUGAAAUCCUGCAAAGGGAAGAAGACAUGAAAGGAGACAGGAGAAAAAGUCUUGGAAGCAUGAAGACUGUGCUUUUUUUCCUGUGCAUUUUGGGAACUGCAGCAGCAAUCCCGACAAAUGCAAGGUUCCUAUCUGACCAUUCCCAACCAACUGCUGAGUCCUUGAGUUCCAUCCAACAGGCUGAACUGUUAGUAACACCUGGCGACACUACGGUGCCCAUUUUAGGGGUUGAAGAUACAGAAGAUGAAAAGGAAACUAUAGCAUCUGUAGAAGAGCAGCCCGACAAUAAGGCUGAAAAAUCUUCAGUACAAAAGUUAAAGGAGAAAAAUCAUGACCAGUCAGCAGAUCAGGGAUUACAGGAUCAAGAGGAACGUGAAAGUGACUUAAGUGAGAAUUUAGAGGACGCACUCGCUGGAGGUACAUUGGACCUAAAAGAAGAUACGAGUGAGCCUCAAAAGGAAAAACUCCCAGAGAAUAUUGAUUUCCUUGCUCCUGAUGUUAGUCCCACUGUAGAUUCUAACCAACAGGAAAGCAUCACAAACACAGAGGAAAACCAAGAACAGCUUAUACCUGAUUCACAUCAUCAUUUAAACAGGAGCAGCAACCAUGGUGAAGACCUGGGUGAUGAAGAAAACCAAGAGCAGGAUCCAAACAUUCCAAAUGGAGACGAGGAAGGGAUGAGACUGGAGCCAAGCGAAGUUGGUACCCACAAUGAUAACCAAGAAAGGGAGGGAGAAUUUCCCCAGGAGCAUUCUACCAGCAAGCAGGAAGAAGACACUACCCGAUCUGAUGAUAUUUUGGAAGAGUCCAGUCAACCAACUCAAGGAAGCAAGAUGCAGAAAGAUGAAUUUGAGGAGGGUCCCCAAGAACAAGAAGAGGAUAACUCCAGUGAAGAAAUGGAAGAGGAAACUGCAUCAGAAAUCAAGAAGCACAAUCAAGAUACUGAAUGGCAGAGCCAAGAGGGAAAAGCUGGCCUUGAAGUUAUCAGCGACCCUGAGGAGAUGGAGAAGAAGACUGUUUCUGAGGCUUUACUCGCAGAGCCUGCUGCUGCUGGUGGUGAUGACGGCCCCAGGCACAGUGCACGUGAGGACUACUUCCUGCCAAGCGAGGCCUUCCAGGAGGCUGAAAGGGCUGCUUCCGAUAGCUAUCACAUCACAAAUGAGGAGCAAAGAGAAAGAGCUCCUGAGAAUGAGAAUGAAGAUGCCAGUGAACCUGGAGAAUCCCAAGGGGCCAAAAAAGCAGAGAGCUCACUGAAUGAAGAUGAAAGUUCAACUGAAGGCAACAUUAGGGUAUACGAUGUUGAUUCUUGCAUGAACUUCCAGUGUAAAAGAGGACACAUGUGCAAGGCUGACCAACAGGGAAAACCCCACUGUGUUUGCCAAGAUCCAAUGACUUGUCCUCCUACAAGACUCCUUGACCAGGUUUGUGGCACUGACAACCAGACCUAUGCCAGCUCCUGCCAUCUGUUUGCUACUAAGUGCAGACUGGAGGGGACCAAAAAGGGGCACCAACUGCAGCUGGAUUAUUUCGGAGCCUGCAAAUCUAUUCCUACUUGUACGGACUUUGAAGUGACUCAGUUCCCUCUAAGAAUGAGAGACUGGCUCAAGAAUAUCCUCAUGCAACUUUAUGAGCCUAACCCUGAACAUGCUGGAUAUUUAAAUGAGAAGCAGAGAAAUAAAGUCAAGAAAAUUUACCUGGAUGAAAAGCGACUCUUGGCUGGGGACCAUUCCAUUGACCUUCUCUUAAGGGACUUUAAGAAAAACUACCACAUGUAUGUGUAUCCUGUACACUGGCAGUUCAGUGAACUUGACCAACAUCCGAUGGACAGAGUCUUGACACAUUCGGAGCUCGCUCCUUUGCGAGCAUCCCUGGUGCCCAUGGAACACUGCAUCACUCGCUUCUUUGAUGAGUGUGACCCCAACAAGGAUAAGCACAUCACCCUGAAGGAGUGGGGCCACUGCUUUGGAAUUAAAGAAGAAGACAUAGAUGAAAACCUCCUGUUUUGAAUUAAGAUCUGAAAGAACUCAAACUUCCCAGCAUCCUCCUCUAUGCUGACCACUUCUGAAAUCCAUGCAGCUGUGAUAUGUGUAGAUUUAUAUUUAGCAGAAUGUUUGCAUGUCUGAGAAGACAAUGAGUAAUUGCUUGAUAACUGUCUAUGCACCAGCCAUUUAACAUUGAUGUUGGAAAUAAGACUUUAACAUUAAGUGAAGUUGAUAUGAGCAAAAUGCUGUAUGCUGUUUGUAAACAGUUUAACUCAUCACACUGUAUCAAUUUAUGAGAUACGUCCUUUUGUCUGUAAUUCCAUGUGCAUGUCGAGAAAAUGCAACAAUGCCCUUUUGUUGUGAACGUGUAUUAUUUUCCAUGUAUUAAUACCCUAAUAAAAAUCCAUAGAAAUCCAA